AUGACCACCUGCUUGCCCUCCUCACCCUUUGCCUCUCGCCCCUCCCAACAGGCCUCAAAAACAAAGAAUGAUGGCAAACCAACAUGCCCCUUCUUGCCCUCCUACCCUCACUACUCACCACCACUCCUCUCAUCCCUCCAAUGCCCCUCACGCAUCCAAACAGCCCCCAAAGACGAUGAACAACACCAAACAUGGAGCACCACCUGCCUCUCACCUUCCACCCCCACCACUGCCACUUCUCACCCUUCCAACACCCCUCGCCCGCACAAACAGCCACCCAGGAUGAUGAACGACACCAAACUUGGACAUUCAGCAGCAUUUGCAGUCGUUCUGUGCCCUAUCCACCCCUUCUUGCCCUUCCCCCCUCCCUCUCAUCUUCUGCCACCACCACCCCCUCUUCUUGCCCCUCUGAUGCCCCUUGCCCAUCCAAAUGGCCUCCAAAGCACCCUGAUGACAGUGAAUGAUGCUGAAGCUCUCAUCCUCUAA